GUUGUGUGACUGUAUGUGUGUUAGAGCCAGGUCCAUUUUGCAGAGCUCAACACUAUUGGAUCGCACUGAGUGUUUCCAGUCCCGCUCUUUGUGCCGCACCCUGUCCUCCGCGCGUAAACGCUCCUCCAUACAUCAUCACAGAGCGUUUCUCGCAGCAGCAGCAGCAGCAGGAGGAGGAGGAGGAGGAGGGGGUGCAGUGGCUCACCUCGCUGACAGGUUGGACUCAGAGAUGGGAGAACAUCGGCGGCUCCUCUGGCUCUGACACGGACACUCCGGCCGGGAAGGAUGGCUCUCAUCAGCCGGGAAAUGUUGUGCUUGAUCGGCGCCGCCUGCCUCUGGCUGCCGCUGCUGGCGGAGGUGGUGGCUGAGGACAACUAUUUAAACGAGGUGCAGAACUCAGUGCCUCUGUCCUGCUCUGAGGGGUUCACAGAGUUGGGGUACUACAACGGCACUGUGUCUCAGACGGACUCAGGCGCCCCCUGUCUGAAGUGGACUGAGUUUCCAGAUUAUGUCAUGCAGUACCCGGGUCGGGGUCUAGGGGACCACAGCUACUGCAGAAACCCGGACCGGGAGUCCAACCCAUGGUGCUUCUUCCGACAGAGCUCAGGUGCCAUCGGCUGGGCGUACUGCGACUGUCACCAGGGUGCGGCCCGUCUGGUUGGCAGCUCAAUCUCUGGUAGUGGGCGUGUUGAGAUUUACCUGAAUGGCCAAUGGGGGGCGGUGUGUAACUCUCAUUGGACAGACAGAGAUGCCAGUGUGAUCUGCAGACAGCUGGGUUUUGGGGACAUCGGCACAGCUUUGCAGCAUUCCCAGUUUGGCUCCGGCUCCGGCCUCUUCCACUACGAGCGUUUGGGUUGCCGUGGGGACGAAGGCACCUUAAUGAAGUGCCAGAGCAGGACGUUUGUCACCGGUGACUGCAGCCAUGGAAAUGAAGCGACGCUGGUGUGCGCACCACCAGAGGGUAGUGGUCCCCCACUGCGAUUAGUCGAAGGGGAGGAAGACUUUGAGGGUCGCGUUGAGGUGUUUCACGCAGGACGGUGGGGCACCGUUUGUGACGACCAGUGGGACGACAGAGAUGCUGAGGUGGUGUGCAGACAGCUUGGAUUCGGCGGUAUAGCAAAGGCCUGGUCGUGGGCUCACUUCGGUCAAGGUUCAGGACCGAUCCUGCUGGAUGCGGUGAAGUGCACCGGCAAUGAGCUCUUCCUCGAUCAGUGUUCCCAUGGCGACUGGGAACAGCACAACUGUGACCACAUGGAGGACGCCGGGGUCUCCUGCAGCCCUUACACGGAUGGUGUGGUUCGUCUGGUUGGAGGAGAUAGUCCCUGGGAGGGUCGAGUGGAAGUGUUCCACAACGGUGACUGGGGGACGGUGUGUGAUGACCACUGGUCCCAGCAGCAUGCAGAGGUGGUCUGCAGACAGCUGGGCUACAGGGGUCAUGCAGAGGUCGUCACAGAUGGGUUAUUUGGCAAAGGCGCCGGGCUGAUUCUCCUGGACGACGUCCACUGCGAGGGAUCAGAGACCUCCCUGCUGGACUGUCGUCACGGGAUCUGGGGACGGACCGACUGCUCCCACAGUGAAGAUGUCGGGGUUCGCUGCAGAGUGAGAUCCAGUCAGGAGACCAACGAGGUGCCGGUCAUUUCACCUUCCACAGGGCCCCUGGUGCGGCUGGUGGGUGGCAGCAGCAGGAAAGAAGGGCGAGUGGAGGUUUAUCUCCAUGGAGACUGGGGGAGCAUUUGCGACUCGGGUUGGAACGACCUGAACGCGGCUGUGGUGUGCAGACAGCUCGGACACAGUGGCAGAGCGACAGCAGCUGUAGGCUUUGGUCAGGGGAAAGGACCCAUCCACCUGGACCAGGUGAGGUGCACAGGGAAGGAGGAGUUCCUGGGGGAGUGCCCCUCUCUGGGGCAGAGCAUCCAGGGCUGCGGACGCAGGGAAGACGCAGGGGUGAAGUGUGAUGCUACACCCCACGAGGCGGCGGUGAAGACCAAGCCUGAGGAGCUGAGCUGUGGGUUAAGGAAGAUGGUGGAGGUGGAGGGCAAGAAGAGGAACCAUGAAGAGGAAAGCAUGUCCAGUUCCCCCCCCAGGACUACGUGGCCUUGGCAGGUGUCAGUGUGGCUUCAGUCUCAGAAGGAGGGCGAGGGGCCCCUUUGCAGCGGCACGCUGAUCAGCCCCUGCUGGGUGCUGACGUCUGCGUUCUGCCUCAGCAGGUUUGGCAGCGAUCCCACCAUCUAUGUGGUGAGAGUCGGGGCGUCGGAGCAAACGCUGACGCCCGAGCGGCUAGUGCUUCACAGAAAGUUUAAGGGACAGAGCGGAGGUCACGAUCUGGCAUUGCUGAAGCUGCCCAGCACCAAGGGUCACUGUCUGACCUUUGACCCCAACACCAACGCAGCCUGUCUCCCUGGUACUGAUGGGGCAAAGGAAGGGAACAUACCUGCUUCUUGUGUUGUCAUGGUUACCACUGGAUGGGCAGGACCAGACUCUGUAGUUGCUUCCUGGGUUCCUCUGAUGUCGCCAUGGCAAUGUAAGAAACGCUUCGGAAACAGCUUCUCCAGCCACGGCACGCUUUGUGCAGCCAGUCCUCCGGACACCAGCCUCCUGCGUGGCGACGGUUGCCAGGGCAACUCCGGAGGCGGGCUGGUGUGUCAGGACGAGUCAGGACGAUGGGUUCUGACCGGGGUCGUCUCUGGAGGUUACGGCUGCGCAGACCCGUCCUCUCCUGCACUGUACACGCGGGUCAGCCGCUUCAGGAGCUGGAUGGACGAGGUCAUCAACCCGGAGGAGAAGCACGAGCACAGACAGAACGGCCACACAAACGCCAACAACGACCUCGCACUCGCAAAUGAGGAGCACGCACACAACCACGACAAACACUCACACAUCAGUGGGGUCAAAGAAAAACACACAUUUGCUAAAAACACACACAUGCAGUACACAAAAGAUGCAAACAAGCACGAUGUGGUGUGACUGAUUGGUUUAAUUGAUUCAUUGAUGCAAUUGGCUGCCAAGUGUGCCGUGUGAUCACCUGAGGAGAAAGGAUGUGAAGAAAAAAAAACAUAAAGCCUCAGUUAAACCUCAGCUGUGCAGAUAACGUCCAGCAUUGUGGAGGAGAGUCAGAAAACUGCUGCAACUUUAAUGUAUAGGAGAUCUUUCUACAGGCCAGUCAGAACUCAAACUGAAAGACCCAAAUACAGUCCAGAUAACGCUUAAAUCUUCAAAAUCAUACAAUAAUUAAAGUUUAUUUCACUCAUUUGUAUUUUGAGUGAACUUUAAAAACAGUUUUUAAAAAAAUUUACCAUCCGUCAGAAUGUUUUCCAAUUGAUCUGACUGUGUUUCGUCAAACUUUUGUAUAUUGUUUUUCUUCAGACAGGGCUCAUCUCUUCAGGCAGACGUCUCAAACAUGUGAUGCUCUAAGUGCUGUAGUUAACAGAAGGGAGCUGCUGACCUCGGGAGCAAACCAGUGCUUCAGCAAACUCAAAGUGUACUUCUGAGAUUCAGACGAAAGCAAAAAUCAGGGCAGGAUCAAAAAGUAUUUGUAUUAUUCUAGUCUCAUUAAUGAUUUCUUGGGUUAGAUUGUUAUUUGAACAGGUUAAAUCAAAAGCAAAGUGACGUAUACCUAAUAAUUUAAAACGGUACAUCAAUAAAAUUGAAAAAUUACCACUUAAGGUCUAAAUAAAAUGUUGUGCACUGCUAGAGGAGCGGAGUGAAGCAGUGGCUGGUCCUGCCAGCACAAACCUCUGCUCUCAAAGCCAUCAGAAGCUGCCCUUCGGGUCGUGAAGCUCUUUUGUUUUUGUACUGCUUUAGAUAGAUGCAUAGAUAGCUGCUGGCUUUAGAUAGUGCGUGUUUAAAUAUUAGCCAGUUGUGUGUCAUCUCUUUUCGUCUUUGGGGAUCCGUCCAGAAGGUGGCGACCUUGCUUCGUUUCCACAGGGGUGACCUGUUCUUUUGAUACAGAUGCUGUGAGUGUGUAGAUAUGUCCCGUGACCCGUCGUGUCGUGAAGCAUCAUCCUGUAAGCCCCUCCUGCCUGUCCUUCCUACUCUGUACAUAAGCCCCGCCCUCCAGACGUCAUGCUGUCCCUUGUAAAUCCUGUAGGUUCCUGUAAAUAAAGGACGACUGGUGGUGCAGAGGCCACCAGCAGCUGCUUCAAGUGUAUUGUGCUGAGUCAUGAUUAAAGCAUUUACCUGCCACUGC